AUGGUCUCCAUACGGAACGGUGGUGACAGAAUCAUGCUGUGGGAUGCUUCGUUCGACCUGAAUCAAAUUCCGCCGGAGCUGCCGUUGGAAAUAGUGGGGAUGGACAUGUCCAAUAACAUCAUCACACAUCUCAGGCCCAAACAAUUCCUGCUGUCUAAAGAACUCAAGCUGCUCAACCUCAGCAGCAACAACCUGCAACACAUAGACACAGCUGCUUUUGCAGGCCUGCUGUACCUCCGCGAUCUCGACCUGUCCAACAACAGCCUUCGUUACUUCCAGUACGGCGUGCUGGAGGACCUGUACUUCCUGCGGAGGCUGACGCUGGACAACAACCCGUGGAUCUGCGACUACAACAUCCACUACUUGGUCUACUGGCUCAAGCACCAUCCGAGCGUCUCGUACACGGGCCUGGUCUGCUCGCAGCCGCUGGAGUUCAGGGGCUGGCAGGUGGAAGACUACGUCAAAACCUACAACGGGGAAUGUCCUGUGGAUAAACCGACGGAGGGGACCGACACUGGGCAGGAAGGACAAGGAGGGUCAGAGAAUGAGGCGAUUGGGGAUAUGGGCGAGGGACAAGGGCAGCUUCUACCCCAGCCCAUAAAGGAGAAAAAGAAUGGUUUUGAGAUCAUCAGGCUGAGCUAAAAUCGAACCGGUGUGGUUAUACUUUGAGAGAAAUUUUAACAUGACGAUUGACAUGCAGGUCAGAGGUCAACAUAGAUUAAUAAAGUGGGAUUUGGUGAUUAAA